AAUCCUUCCUUCCAGAAAACACAUGACCAACCACGGCUGAAACACACAGACCCGCUGCGUUUGCCAACAUGAUCAAAACUCGUACUUUUUUACUGUCUUUUGUUUUCUUUUUCUUCAGUUUUGCUGUUGUUUUUGCUCAGACGACAAGUCCAGUAACAAACUGCACUAUAAAAUCCAACACAACUUGUGAAGAAUGUCUGAAGAUUGUUUCGUGUUUGUGGUGCAUCUCAAGCCAGAAAUGCAUUGACUAUCCAGUGAAGAGCGUUCUACCAUCUCAUAGUGUCUGUCCUCUCUCAGAUGCACGAUGGGGAAUGUGCUGGAUGAAUUUCCAGACUCUCAUCAUUACCAUCUCUGUGAUCGCCGGGGUGAUCCUCGUCGCCAUAUUCGUCUGCUGCUUCUGCUGCUGUAAAUGUGAAAACAUUGGGUCUAAGAGGAAUGAUGAGCGAAUGGAAAGACAAGCUCAUCUGAAAAGUUUUCGCAAAGAGGAGAGGAAAGCAGAGAUGAGGCAGAGACAUGAUGAAAUGCGAUUGAAAUAUGGUUUGACAAAGGAUAACCAGUACUCCAGAUUUGAGAACAGCUAAGAAACUUGUGAUGAUGCUCCGCUGUUGACUUCUCUUAUACCUCACAAAAAUGAACACAUUUCCUUGCAUAUCCAGCACUCCAUUUUUAUUUGAUUGUACUAGUUGCCAGCUGGCCACACAAGCAUACAUUGUUGCCAUUUGCUUGAAAUUUGAUUUAUUCAUACCUGCAUUUUUAACAAAUCUGCACGCAAACCACAAUUUAGACAUUGUAUUUAAAAAAGCUUUGUAAAUGUAGUACCUUGAUGACUUUUUGCAAAUCCAAAUAAGCGACAACAUAAAUUCAGCAAGACGUGUUGAUAAUUGA